AUGCAAAUAAUUACGUCCGAUAAGAUAGGCCUCCUCAAGUAUGUACAAUGCGGACCCAACAGCUCCAUUUCUGAGCAGACGCUCCAGCCCGACUUGAGGAGAACAAUCAACCACGUGACGUGGUCUGGCGGAUACGGAGGAUAUGAAGAGUCACAAAUAACGCUAUGCAGAAAGAAUGGGCUAGUCGAAAGUUUUCCUUUCUGGUAUGAUGAACCAAACCCGAACAUCAGCGACACAUGCUUGCUAUCAUUUCUUAGUUGCAACAAUUGUAUUUACACAAGGAUGCUUAAUCAGCACCAUAGUGUGAUAUACAAAGAUCUCCUCGCUAAAGAAAAGGAGAGGUAUAUUAAUUAUGCCCAGUUCAUGCCCAUCUAUACAAGUGAAAAUGUAAAAAAUGGAGUGUAUGAAAAUUAUCUGCAAAAUGAUAGACUUCUCCUCACCGUGAGUAAUGGCGGACAUGUACAUGUGCUAAAUUGGAACUGCGACAACGAACGUAGUAAGUACCACCUCAGUAAGGAAGAUGAAAUGAAACACAAAGAUGAUGCUACGAAAAGAAGGCAGCUUUAUUUUAAAAACUACAAAGAAGAAGUAUUGCAGUGUAUCGAAUUCAAACAAAUUGAAGAAAAAAAUAGUCAUAACAAUGUCAUCAUAAAAAAAAACGAGUAUGCAAAUGUCAGAGCGGAAGACAUAUGCACAGAUUAUCACUUCGAUAAUAUGCUCUCUGAGGAAGCCAUCUGUCAUUCGUACAUCUUAAGUAACCCAAUUGAUGCUGCCUGUGUCAAUGAGGUACUAACAAACAGACUAGCAAUCGGGGGAUACAGAAACUCUUUAAAAGUAUUUGACUUAUUCACGGGCACCUACAUGUGGAAAUCAAAAAACAUAGGAACAACUUUGCUAAAUUUAAAUUGCGAAAGUUUAAUAAAAUCUGUGAACUUCCUUGACGACAUCAAUGUGAAUAUACUGUCAGCCUCAACGUAUGACCACAAAAUUGUUCUAUAUGAUAUGCGUUGCCAAGCGAAGCCGGUCUACGUUUAUGACCAUUACAAAAGGGGGAAUAUCAGUAAAAAUAAGUUUUCCUCUUUUGAUCAUAACUACUCGGAGAGCGACCUCGUCUUUACGUGUAUCAGCAGCAGCUCGCACGUGUGGCGUGAGGAAAAGGCGGUCAAGGAAGAGCCGAAGACUCAGGAGGGAGAAGUGGAGGUGGCGAAAGAACAAGGCGAAACGCAAAAUGGAGAGACAAACCAAAAAACAGAGGAAGAUAAAACGGAGAAAGAACGACGCCCCCGCCAAUUGGCGCCCCAGCCACACUGCGCAGAGGAGGAACUCCACACAAAAUUUAAUGCCCACCAAGUGAAGGCCAACAAUUUUAAAAUGUAUGAAAAACUUCAGCAGCAAAAACGAGGCGAAAAUGAAGCAACAGGAGUAAACCAAAAUGGGGGCACACAGGAAAAAAGGGAUGCCAGUCUAUCCCCCCCGAAGGACCCAAAUGAAUCACACUGCUGCAAUUACUUCAUAAAGAAAUUCGCCUCCAAGGACAGCCAAAUUAUCUUCGUCUCGGAUAACUACGGAAACGUCUACAAGUUCGAAGUCGUCACGGGGAACAAACUGCUACAAUAUAUUUAUAUAAAAAAAUGCGCACAGGAGAAAGUGACAUGUGAAGAAGAGAAGAAGGGAGACCCCUCCUUUUUACUUAAAAACAAACAAAGCUUGUACGAAUUCUACAAAGAAUAUCAAAGCAGUAACAAGACGCACAUGCGAAAUGACCUUCCUGUUAUGUGGGCCAAAGACAAUUUUGAUCAAUUCUUAAUUUUAUUUCUCAAUAAAUUUAAAAUCCAUAAUGGGGCCAUAUCUUCCCUAAGUUUACACAGGGGAGGGAUUUUUCUCUGUUCAGUGAGCUAUGACAGAUUUUUAAGCAUACUCAAUUUAGAGAUGAAAAAGGUUGUUAAGCGACUACAUAUCGGUCAUAUACUGACCAGCUGUUUGUUUCGGUCCCUUCCUAUUGAUGAAUCGGAACAUGCUGUAGAGAAUGGAUGCGGGCCCAAGGCAUUCAAGCGGCAAAAAGUGCUCCAUCCGGCGGGAGAAUCAGAGGACGAACCAUCCAGCGAAUGUGAAAGUUGGCAGGACUCGUCGAAUGAGUCCAUCGAGGGUGUAAGCAAAAGGGGGAAACGCCGUCAGGGGGCGGUUGGCAAGGCAGAAGGGGAAGAUGACGAGGAUGAAGAAGAUGACGAGGAUGACGAGGAUGAAGAAGAUGACGAGGAUGAUGAGGAUGAAGAAGAUGACGAGGAUGACGAGGAUGAAGAGCAUGACGAAGAGGACGAUGAUAAUGACGAUGAUGAAGAUGACGACGAUGAUAAGUUUGAUAAUGACGAUGAUGAGGAUGACGACGAUGAUGAGCAUGACGACGAUGAUAAGUAUGAUAAUGACGAUGAUAAGUAUGAUAAUGACGAUGAUAAGUAUGAUAAUGACGAUGAUAAGUAUGAUAAUGAUGAUGAUAACGGAGAUGACGAUGGCGAAUAA